UAUAUCCAGGUGCGCUGACGUUGCUAUCACAGCCAGAAAAUCUGACUGUUGAGUCAGUGAACUUUCAGAGUGAGCUGUACUGGAGCCCUGUAAGGAAUUCUGAAAAUGUUCAGUAUACAGUGGAGUACCUAGUGUGAGUAUGCCUUCGACCAUCAGCUGACCAACAUUUGUCCAUAGUGUUGAGUUCAAAUGGCAGCUUUUGUUUGAUUUUGAUUUGAAAAUGACUCAUCAUCCCAGUUACAGCCAAACAAAUCAUGUAGUUCUAGGCCCAGUUAAAUCUUGAGCUGACAGCAUUACAUUUAAAACCUUGGUCCUAACCAGCCGCUAAACGGACAGCUCCAAUGUAUCUUGAAAACAACAUCUACCAGACCUCUCCAUUCCCACCCCAUCCCCCCAGGUAUUAGACAAGCUAUAGCCUGAAAACCACAGACAUCUUAACUCUCACCUAGCAUCUUUGUUCAGAAACCACUUCAUGGAGCUAACCGAUGCAGUUCAAUUGAAUACAGGGAAAACUAAGGAAGCACAAGUAGUUUUAAAUCUCGCAAGGGAUAAUCUAAAUUAAUGAGCAUGCACCUUUGGUAAUUUCCUCAGGAUAAGAGGUUGAAGAACAACUAACAAGGUGUUUCCACUUUUUUCAGGAAUCAUGAUAGCGACAAGGGAUCAAGGUAAGAGAAUAUUUCCCUUGUUUAAUAUGUAUACUGUGUUUAAUGUAUGAAAUUUGUAUACUGUAUAUUUUGCAUCCUCAUUUCUUCAGGAUUCUGUGUUGACUGUUGUCUGGUGGUGCCAUGCUACCUUUCUAAAUUUGAAUUCCCGGAGAUGCCGCAAUUGUUGAAUGUAGCCUCAUCGCAUUUUGUUUUUGAUAAUUGUAGUGAACAUCUUUGGUUGGAAAUUCCGGAAUGCUCAUCCCUAAGAGCUAGUCGAUGCAACCUGACCUCCAGUUUUAGUGGCUUGUAUGCAAGCAUUAAUGCGACGCUGAGGGUCCGGGCAUAUGAUGGAAAACAGGACUCACCCUGGAGCCAUUCCAGACCAUUCCAGGCCUUGUUCCAGUCCCUCCUUGGUCCACCAAAUGUUACCCUGUCAGCCAGACGUAACGAAGGCUGGCUGGAAGUGCGCAUACGAGACCCCUUUGACAGAUCCCAUCUCUCACCUGACCUGAAGUUCAGGCUCUACUACAAGAAAGAGGAUAGCGACUGGAUGGUAUAUAAUGACAUCUCAUCCUUCGUGUUGAUUGAUACAUUUGAGGAGGGGUUCAAAUACUGCGUGAAAGCUCACUAUCUCUGGCGCGGCAAGCUAAGGCCGAACAGUAUCCCCAGUACGCCGAAGUGUGCCAUGAUUUUAGAGUCCGAAUCUGCCAGGUCGAUCCGGAUCAUGUGGGUUACGGGACUGAUGGUGUGCGUGACUUUGGCGUUUGUACUAUUUGGCAUCUACAUGGGCCCCAAAUUCUAUGAUAAACUGAAGCAGGCCCUGCGGCCCCCACUGCAGCUGCCAGAACACCUACAUGAGUUCCUGUCUGGGGAAGAACAGUUUGUCCAGUUCCCAGCGAGCAGCAGCUCCAGCUCAGAGGAUGAGCCCUUUGACAAGGUUUCCCUGGUGACCAUCGACAAGGAGGUGGUGUUGGAGGAACCAAGUUCAACCCAUGGACACACCCGAUCCUGACGUUACAUUAAUGGCAUUUGGCAGACGCUCUUAUCCCGAGCGACGUACAGUUGAUUAGACUAAGAGACAAUCCUCCCCUGGAGAAAUGCAAGGGCUUGCUCAAGGGCCUGACAGCUGUUCGGAUCUUAUUGUGGCUACACCAGGGAUCGAACCACCGACCUUGCGUGUCCCAUUUACCUUAAACACUAUGCUACAGGCCGCUGUGAUGUGGAACCGCAAAAAAUUUUAAAUUGGAAAACAAGUUCCUACAACCUCCGCUCCCAGAACCUGCCACUUCUUACUGUACCAUUUUAGGAGUAUACUUCAGACUCUAAAAACUGAGGUCGACAGCUGUUUUACUUGAGACAGUUUUUACUUGAGAUUGUAUUAAUGUCAUUUGUGUUGUGCUUUUUGUAUUGUACUG